AUGGCACCUACAGCCUCGCCGCCAUGCCCAAAGCAUGAUCUCUCGGUUUUUCCAGAAGCCCUGAAGGGCAAAAAAGUCUUGCUCUGUACCGAGUCCUUCGGUCCCGUCAAUGGCGUCAGCCGGACAACGCUGAUGCUUGUCAAUCAUCUACGCGCCAACGGGUGCGACCUCGCCGUCGUCUCGCCGCACAACUCUACCAAGGUCAACACUUUCAUCCCCAAAUUUACCGCCACUGCGCCGCCGACAUCUUCCAAUGGUGGCACUGGCACCACCGCGGCAGCCUCCAAGGAUAUUGAGGUCCGCCUCCACGGCUACCCCGUCCCCUUCAACCCAGAGCUCAGCAUAGCCUACCUCGUUCGCCUCUCGGAACUCUACCGCCGCACCUUCGGCUGCCCGCCCGACCUGAUCUAUCUCGCGUCGCCUGCUAGCCUCGGCUUUCAGGUCAUGCUGCAGCUGCGCCAACGGCACCGGCGCGAUCAGGUCCCCGUAAUCUGCAAUUUCCAGACCGACCUUGCCGGCUAUUGCAAAACGCUGUUCCCGUGGCCGAUGGGCGACAUUGCUGACUACACAUUUGCGGCGGUGCAGAGCUUCCUCUUCAGGCACGCCAGCGUGCGGACCAUCUUUUACCCCAGCACAUAUGUGCGCCGGUACCUGGAGCGGCACCGUGUGCAGGGUGACAAGAUGGAGUCUCUGACGCGAGGGGUGGAUGCAGACAUGUUUCAUCCCGAGAAGAGGAGCGAGUUGCUGAGAGAGAGCAUAGCCCCAAAUGGCGAGAUCAUACUGAUCUGCGUGGCGAGGCUCGCGGCGGAGAAGAGCUUUGAUUUCCUCGCCCUCGUGGCCCAGGAGUUGGACGCGCGCGGUCUGGACUUCAAAUUGUACAUCGUCGGCGGAAACCGCCAGGUGGAGGUUGAGGCAGAGAUCAAAGACCUCUUUUCCGACCUGGUGCGGAAGGGCAAGGUCAUCUUCGCGGGUUUCAAGGUCGGCGAGGCGCUGGCCGAGUCAUAUGCCAGCGCUGAUGUGUUUCUGCACUGCUCCGUCUCCGAAACGUUUGGGCUUGUGGUGCUCGAGUCGUUUGCCUCGGGUGUGCCUGUCGUGGCGAGGGAUAUGGGAGGGCCCAGCGACACGGUCAGCGAUGGUGUGAGCGGGUUUCUCACGCCGCCUGAUGAUCUUUCUGCAUUUGUGGACAGGGUCGUACUCUUGGCGAAUGACAGGGAGCUGAGGGACAGGUUCAGAGAAAGUGCGCUGAAGCAGGCGCGGGAGGCGACCUGGGACAAGAUCAACAACAAGGUGGCAUGGAAGAUGGUGGACACGAUCCAACAGAGGGAGGUGGACCUCGCGGAGAUGAGGAUGGAUGAUAGAGACGUUGAACAAAGCCCGAGCAUCUCUGCUGCGCCAGUGUUCGGGUGGCUGAUGUUGAGUGAUGCUGUGCGAGAGACGGUGGUAGGUUCCAAGCUCGCUGCCGCGCUGGGGGUCAUCAUGGGCUUCUGGGGUCUGGUUGGUGUGUAUCUGGUCUUCACCAAGGCGACGCGAUGGGUCAAGAGUCUCUUCAGCAGGCCUUAA